CUAUUCUCUCUGCUCACGCUGUCAGCGCCGGAAUUACGUCAUCUCUUCCGCUCCAUCAGACAUGGCGGCGCCCAUGGAGAGCGUGAGGAAAGGGAUCCGUUUAUCGGGAAGCGCGACGAGUUUUCAGAAAAAAUCCCGCAGUAAACUGAUUCAGAUCCCUGGGACUAAACCGUCCGUCCACACCGGGCAGCUCAUCGUGUCUUCCGGUGUACCGUCACUGGACUGCGCUCUGGGAGGAGGAUUGGCACUGGGAAGCCUGCUGCUCAUUGAGGAGGAUGAGUUUAACAGUCACUCGCGUGCAUUGUUGCAGUAUUUCGUGGCAGAAGGGGUGAUGAGUGGACACGAACACUUCAUUGCUUCAGCCCAGGAUCACCCUGAUGACCUCGUAAAGGAUCUUCCAUCUCCACUUCAGGAUGAAGAUCCAGAACUUAAAACUGUAUCAUCAAAUCUGGAUCAGCAAGAUGCCAUGAAAAUUGCCUGGCGGUACCAGAACCUUCCUCAGGUCCAGACUGUGCUGUCCUCUUCAUCCCGAUUUGGUCAUUAUUAUGACCUCUCCAAACAUAUGGAGCAAGAUCUUCUACGAAAUGCCAAGAUUCACACUUUCUACCUACCUGAAGUGCAAAUGGGGCCUAUACAUCUCAGUGGUGGUCUUGGCCCCUAUUCUGUGUUGCUACACUCCAUCCAGUUGUUAAUCAGACAAAACGGAUUUGAUGGCUCAAACUCACAGGUGAAGACUUGUAAUGUGCUACGACUUGCUCUUCACUCUUUGGGGUCAGCACUGUGGGGUGAUGAUGUGUGCGUUAACCCUGCCCACAGUCAUGUCCUGUUGACCUUUCUCUAUGCCCUCCGAGCCCUCCUACGCUCCUCCCUUUCUGUUGCUAUGGUGACUGUACCCACACACCUCAUCAGGAAUAAAUUAAUAAGAGCGAGGAUGAUCAGGUUGAGUGAUACAGUUAUCGCUUUGCAAUCAUUCUCAGAUUCAGAGAGAAACAACAACCCACUUUAUAAGGACUAUCAUGGUCUCCUGCGUGUUAUCCAGGUCCCUCGGCUGAACUGUUUGGUGUACGAAGUUCCAGAUACAAAGGACCUUGCAUUCAGACUGAAGAGGAAACAGUUCACCAUUGAGAGGAUGCACUUGCCACCUGAUCUCUCCGAGUCAGUAAGUCGGGUCAGUAAAGUACAGCCUACUCCAGUUUGUACUUCUGAUGGGAACAAAAACAAACACCUGGACUUCUAGAGUGCCCUCACCCCUUUCAUGUCAUCUGUCCCUAACCGUCAAAUAAAAUACAUUUUGUUACAAGGAACAA